AUGGCGCGUCAAGGACGUGACGUCGCACUCCUCGUGCUCCUUUUGAUGGGCUGCCAUGCAGUCCUUGAGGUGGCGGCCCAAGGUGUUCAGCUGAGCACGGAACAGGUCACGGUCAAUGUAAGGCGGGGUCAAAUCCCGGGCCCUCGUCACGGCUCAACCUCCAAUAUCUACCAGAAUUAUACGAUUGGGAACUCGUUCCACUACAACCAGGACUUCUACUUUUCGAUUCCGGCCGGCACGCCCGACGAGAAAGCCAAGGCUGGUUACUCCCAGGGAUUCUGCUACGUCACAGCAACGGACCAAAUCACAGUUCCCCCGCCGCCCGUUCUGGACUGCGUCGUAUCGUUCUACUUCGUCAAGGAUUCGAUGGGUGGCUACAGCGAUGCCCUCUUUACUAGGGGCUCCUUUGCACCCUUUACCACCAACGCCGACCCAUACGGUAUCGUCGGGGGCACUGGCAAGUACGCAACCGCGUCGGGUUACUUCAUGGAGUCUGCCGAGCCCACCUCCGUGGGCAGCGAAUUGUACGAUGGCUUCUUUUUUACAGUCUACGUCCUCACCCCGGGUGUGCCUGCUUCUACCGUGCUACUCUUCCGACGGAUCCGUGUUCCGCUGCUGCCCCGGCGCGUGCGGCUCGAACAGCCCCCCGACUUGCGCCUAGAAGCGUCCGCCUCAGGAACAGCCGCCGUGAUAAUGCUCACGUACGAUGACGUCAACCUGUGA